GUCAGUUCGAUUUUUAUUUAUUUCUGUGUCCUGGUUGCAGAUUUUCCCUUACUUUCCAUCUGGUGAAUCUGUUGUCAGCAGGACAGGUUGUGAUGAUAAGAACCCAACAAGAGUUUUAAUUCAUUGCCACUCUGUGGGAAAAUGUGGAAAUGUGUAUUAAAAUGGAAUAUAUUAAACCAAACAUCUAAAUUCAAAUUACAGGGAAACAUGUUCUACUCUUUAAAAAGGGUGAAUAUAAAAAUGUGUGAGUAUUUAAAGCUGGGUUUAAGCAGGAGCAGGAUAUGUACAAACUGUACUUCAUUUGUUUCUGCUAUGGAGCUAUUCAAAUUACUGGAGAUAGAAUAAAGAUGCGUCAAAGUCAGUUUAUUACGAAACUUAAGUUUAAACAUUUAAGCAGCAAAAACUUUUUUUAACCACAGAUAACAGACAUGUGAGAUAGAUGAAUAUCUAAUUGUUUUCUUUUUCUUCUUAAAAGAAGUGGAGUCAAAGCUAAUUAAGGCUUCAUUUGGCUAGUGCAAGUAUUUAGAGCUAACACCUCAAGCUGAGCAAGCAAAUAAAACCAAAAGAUGAGCCAAGCUUAGGGGGUAAUUUGCUGUUUGAAACAUGCCUUUGAAGUGCAUCUUAACCACUGUUUCAGGGACCUUUAAGUGGGGAAAUUCAAUUAGAUCAAGGGUUUUGGCACCACUUUUGUGUUCUAUUAAGAUUACAAGCUGAUCAGCAUCUUAUUGUAGGUUUGGCACCAAUAUACAUAUAAACCAUGUCUCCCUAAGGAUUUAAAGUCUGCGAUAGAAGUUUUGGAACCCAAACAGUCAUUUAGAGGCAAGGGUAGGCACUAGACAUGGAAAAUUCAGUGCUGAUGGUUAUGAUCCUCUUCAGCGUGUUUUGCUUCCCCUGUUUAGCUUAUGAUGGGAUAGCAAACAGACAGAACAACAGGAGAAAUCUGUUUGCAGAACGAGAAUGCUGUAAAAGACAGAGCAACUUUGUUUACAUUGGGCCAGACAUCUCUGGCAGUCCCGUAAGUGUGGAUGUUGGCCUGUGUAGGUCUCAUUGUGGGGUCCCUCAAAGAAUGAACACUUACAAUUCUGUAUUUUCCGGACUUCCAAAGCACUCUUCAAUGCUAGAUUUCCUGAAAAAUAAAAAGUUAAGAGAGAGGGUUCCAGAUAUACCUUCUCCAUCUAGUUCAGAGCCUUCAUGUCCCAGUCAAUCAAGCUGCCAACCCACAAAGGUCACUAUAGAGAGAGUUCUUUUGUUCCAGGGAAUUCAAGAAAUUGCAGUCAUUGAGGACUGUCAAUGCACUUCUAUUCCACAGGAGUGCAUCCGAAUGCCAUUUCUGAAAACCUUCUUCCCAGACACCCCCUUUGAGUCUACAGUUGAUGUUGGGAAAUGUUCCAGUCCUGAUGUUUCUACAGGAUUUUGGUGUGCUCCAACCAAAUUCGGCACAGUAAUUAUUGAAAAUCCAAAUGGAGCAGAAGUUGUUCAGACAGUGGAAACUUGUGAUAUGAAAGAGAAUUGUUAUAGGGUCUCCUAUUUGGAAUACUACUAUGAGAUUGUUCAAAAUCACAAAGGUGUUGUUGAAGAAUUGCUAAAGGAAAUUGAUGUGGGACGUUGCAUAGGAAGCUGUUCAACAGGAAAUCAUUGUCUGCUUAGGGACUAUCGUAACAUGCAUCAUUGCCUAGUAUGGGCUGAAGGUGCAGACAAUGGAUGUAUGCCCCAGGAAUAUGAAACACAUAACUUCAGGAGCAGAAAUGGACAUAUACGUGCAGUACUUGCAAUUAAGACCUGCAAAUGUCAGACAUAAAACUGAUAUUUUAAAGGACUCAUUUUGAAAGAGGAUAUGAAUUCACAAUUCCCUUAUAAAACUCAGUUAUGCUAUCAAUAGUACACAAUGUUCUCAGUAACAAGAUUAAUGAAAUACUAACUUAGAUUGACCAUAUGGGGUGUAAUAAUUGAAAGAAAUAUGAGAGAUGUGAGCAUAACUUAUUAAGAUUUGGCUGUUUCAAAAAAUCUGUGCGAUAUCUUUUACUUUUCAUCUUUGUUAAAGUAACAACCCUUUCACCAUGUGUACAACAUUGCAACGUAUGUCAAAGUUUACAGAACAUUUUAUAACUGCAUGAUAUAGCAAAGACAGCAUUCUCAGUAGAGAUGUACCCAUCCAUGACUAUACCUGGGUGUCCAUAAUAGGCACAGUCCUGCCUAAAUUAGACAUAAUACUAAUUGAUGUAAUGCAAAGCAAAUCAAAGAUCUGGGUAAUUAUGAAUACCCAUGUGAAUAUGAGCAGUCCUGUCUAUCAAAAAAGAGAUAAGUUCCAAGUCCUGCUCCAGAAUUUGAGAUUUGGACAAUAUAUCACUCUCAAACCCCUAUCACAAGAAGACAUCUGUCCAACUUUAGCCAAGUUUAUUGUUAAGUGUAGUGACUCAUGAGUAAUCAUGCAGGAAAUGGAUGGAAAUCUCCAACAGGAAAAACAAGUACAGAGAAAGAGAUAAUUAAAAAAAAAAAUCAAGAGCUUUAACCCUUCCCUGCACAUUUAUUUUGUAACAGUCCCAGUGAGGAACUCAAAUUAAAUUGUAAUGCAACUUUUUCUUUUAUGUAGCACUAUAUUAGUGCCCAGAGUUAUGAAUAACCACCCUCUUUUGCUCUAAAUUAUAGCACUUCUGAACAAGUACCUACACUAUGCAGAGUUUUCGGGACUAGUUUGAAAAAAUAUCCCAGAGAGGAGCAUUGUUAUGAUCAUAAACCCCUUAAAAGACUGCUCUAGUCUAGUCUAGAAUUGAAAAUCAAGCAAUCCAAAUUAAUAACCUUACCUAGAAAUCAUAUAAACUGUGGUUUCUUUACAGUUUCAUAUUCUUAGCGAUCAAUAUUUUGGACAGUCAAUAUUUGUAUAUAGUUUUACAUUUUCAAAAUUAAAUCUCUGUACAGUGCAAAUAUUUUGGAGUCAGAGUUGGUUUUUUUUUUUUCUUUAAGUACUAUACAUCUCUAGAA